AUUAGUACCUACUAAUUGUGUGUACUGUCCACAGAUGAGUGUGGCGUUAUUGUCGACUAUAUUUACUAAGUUAGCGAUAAAUGAAAAUUAUAUUACUGUAAUAUGUUCGACGACGACGCCAAUUUCAUAAAUAUCUUCAGAGGGAAACGCAUUAAAUUGACCCUCAGGACGUCGUCUUACCUGGGCGUCGUGCAACGCAUUGAUGCUAACAAGGCACUGGUCCUUACGGAAGUUUCAGUCAUAAAUGGCGGCAACUGCUGUAAAAUUUCCGGUUCAAGAUUGUUCUUUGGUCGUGACAUUCUUAAUGUUGAGUUUACCGAUGAAGAGGACACAGAGCAUGGAAAUAUUCCUGAAGACCUGGAAGAGCACUUGAAGGUGAAAAAGUUCCAGCCAUACAGAAAGUCUGUUUACCACGAUGAAGAUGAAGAAUGCAUCAACUUUGAAGUUAUUGAUGAGUUUCAUGACAAAUUCGGAUCUGCUGUGAUGAACAUCAAGAAGCAGCAUGUGGUUGGCGUGGGGGCUGAUGGGGUCGCGAUGUACAAUCACGGGAGAUUGUGUUGGCUUCAGAUUGCCACAAAAAACAAAGUCUAUCUAUUUGACAUCCUGUUGCUUGGAGCGCGGGCCUUUAAAAAUGGUCUUUCCAUGAUUCUCGAGAAUAAGCACAUACUGAAGGUAAUCCAUGACUGCAGAGCUAUUGCUGGAAGUCUGAUGACACAGUUUGGAAUAAAGCUGAUGAAUGUCUUUGACACACAGGUGGCAGAUGUCAUGUGCUUCCACUCUGAGACGGGAGGCUUCCUUCCAGAUAGAGUGAGCACUCUUCACGAGGUGGUGGGCCUCCACUUGAAGGUGCCCUCCUCCCAGCUCUUGUCACUAAAGACCAAGUCCCAGCUGACGAAGGAGGAAACCGAGUUGUGGUACAAGCGUCCGUGUCCCACACCCAUGCUGAAGGUGUUGGCGCUAUCAGUGAUCCACUUGCAGCCUCUCAGACUGGUACUGCUAGAUACUCUCUUGACAGACUACAUGACCCUGGUGGAUACCUACCUCACUAACAGCCAGUACCCGCUUGAUAAUUUGGAGAGCAUAAAUAUGGAGAGUGUGUUUGAAUUACCCUCAGAGCUCAGGCAGCUGGAGCAGAUGCGCCUUGAGCGUCGGGAGUGUGCCGCCAAACACUACCCAGUCACAGAUGAAGGCCUGUUGACUCGCUUCAGUCCUGAAACUGGGUCCCCAAUCCAGACCACACCUGUGGAAGAGGAGCACAAAUGCACUGGACCAACUGAGGAAUCACCAGCACCAGAAGCAGAUCAAAAGCAUCCAUUCACACACCUCUUUGAUGUCAAUGAUGUUGCUUCUGUGAAUGAGGCCGCUCAAGAUCCAGCCUCAAGCACCUUGUCUGCCCCCAGGAGGCAGAUACCUUUCAGCACUCCCCCCUCUCGGGGUGUAGGUAGAGGAUUCACAGCACUACUGAUGGGAGUGAUGGGUCGAGGAAGGCACUUUGGGAAGGAACAAUCGGCGAGUGAGCUAAUACCUCCCCAUCAUGAGAACAGCAGCACAAAUCACGAGAGGGAGAAGUGGGGGCAACAUAGUCUUUGGGAUUGACGCAGCAACUUCCUGCUCAGACCUCAAACAAUACUGCAGUUCCUCGAGUUUGUUGUUCCACAGUUUAACCAUUAGAUGGCAGUAAAUGUUGGCUUUUUGUUCAACAUGUGCAAGGCGAGUUGAAGAACUUUAUUUCCAGGCAUGCAUGUGUGCUCCUGUAUUUGUUCAUUGUUAUUAUGCCUGUUUUGAGUUUCUUAAUGACGACAAGUUUAAUGUUAAAUAUGAUUAUAAUUAAAGUAUUUUCAGAUGUGA